CCUACGUCAUCUUUCCUUCUUGCCACUUCUCUGUGAUUGCAGCCCCAAUGGCCCCCAAAAAGCCAGAGCCCAAGAAGGAUGAUGCCAAGGCCGCUGCCCCCAAGGCAGCUCCGGCCCCUGCGGCUGCACCUGCGCCUGCACCUGCGCCUGCACCUGAGCCGGAGCGCCCCAAAGAAGUGGAGUUCGAUGCCUCCAAGAUUAAGAUCGAGUUCACGCCUGAACAGAUUGAAGAGUUCAAGGAGGCCUUCCUGCUGUUUGACCGCACACCCAAGGGCGAGAUGAAGAUCACAUACGGGCAGUGUGGGGAUGUCCUGCGGGCUCUGGGUCAGAAUCCUACCCAGGCCGAGGUGCUCCGGGUCCUGGGCAAGCCCAAACAGGAAGAGCUCAAUUCCAAAAUGAUGGAUUUUGAGACGUUCCUGCCCAUGCUCCAGCAUAUCUCCAAGAACAAGGACACUGGCACGUACGAGGACUUCGUGGAGGGGCUGCGGGUCUUUGACAAGGAGGGCAAUGGCACAGUCAUGGGCGCAGAGCUCCGCCACGUGCUGGCCACUCUGGGUGAGAGACUGACAGAGGACGAGGUGGAGAAACUGAUGGCUGGUCAAGAGGACUCCAAUGGCUGCAUCAACUAUGAAGCAUUUGUGAAGCACAUCAUGGCCAGCUGAGCCUCUCACGGGUGAGACCCUCCCUUUCUUUAACACCCUCACUGCUGCUGUUCACCCCC